AUGCUUAUUGAUCCUGCUUUUCUGCCAUGGGCAGAAAGUAAAGGAGUCAAACUAAAAGGUGUUGAACCUCAAAUUCUUCCAGGUCGUGGUAUUGGUAUUGUCGCAACUCGCGAUAUCAAGCCAAAUGAAACUAUUUUGAGUGUGCCAAUGAAGGCAGUUCGCACCAUUGAUACAGUACCAAAGAACAUCACCGAAGCCCUUCAAGGAGUUUCAGUCCAUGGCGUCUUGGCUGCGGAGAUUGCUCUUGACGAAAGUGAUGACUUUUCUGUGUGGAAAACCGUCCUGCCAACCCGGCAAGAUCUAGAGGCUGGUGUGCCCAUGAUGUGGCCGAGUGAACUCCAAGCCCUUCUGCCCAAGAGGGCCAAGGAUCUCCUGGAUGAUCAGAAUACUAGAUUCAGACGCGAGUGCGAAAUUGUUCUAAAAGCAUUCCCGAGAUUGACCAGGGAUGAGUACCUAUACUCUUGGGUGCUCAUCAACACCAGAACCUUCUACAACAGCAUGCCCAAGAUGAAAAGCUACGCUCAUGCUGACCGACUAGUCUGCAUGCCAACAGCCGACCUGUUCAACCAUGCUGAUCAAGGAUGCAAGCUCGCCUAUUCAGCCCUGGGAUACAGCGUUCAAGCGGAUAGAAUCUAUCGCCAAGGUGAGGAAGUCUACGUAUCGUAUGGGCCUCACCCAAACGACUUUCUUCUAUCCGAGUACGGUUUCAUUCUAGAUACGAAUCGUUGGGACGAUGUCUACCUAGAUGAAGUGAUUCUUCCGAUGCUGAACAAGACGCAGUGUGCCGACCUUGAAAGUAUCAACUUUCUUGGAAGAUACACCCUCGAUGACCAGACAUUAGGGUGCCACAGAACUCAGGUCGCUCUGCGAAUGCUAUGCUGUACACAAAGGCAAUGGCAGCGGUUUUUUGAUGCUCAAGACGAGGGGCGUUCGUCGCAGGCUGAAGUUGAUGAAUUAUUAUUGACAGCACUGAAAGAUUUCUUGAACAUCAUCGGAAAGACGCUGGGAGAUAUAGAUGAGGUAGAAGGCGGCUCGAGUAGCCAGCGGGAACUCUUGCGGCGCAGAUGGCAGCAGAUCGAAGCCAUGGUGACCAAGACAAUAGAUACACUUUCAUGA